CACCAAGGUCUAUAUCAUCCUGCAGAUCCUCGGUUACCUCUUCUGUGAGUAAGCAGCAACCAUCACAACCGCAUAGGACCCGUCGUCGGUCUGCAAGGUCUUUGUGAAGUGCAGUGCAGGCUCUCAGCCUCUGUACUGGUUGUCUCCGGGCCUUGACUGGAAUUGGACGGACCCCAAAUACAACAAAGCUGGCCGGACGAUUGUGUACUCGUAUUCGGUGGAAAGAAUCACCAGACAGUAUUUCCGUGCCACUAAGCCGCAACACCACUGUGAACGUGCCGGUCUUACCACAUACAGCUUGGUACUAUGGAUGUCGUCAAGGCGGUCGAGACCUAUAUUGCCAAACUCAUCUCUGUCCCACCUUCUAUGAAGGUGCUGCUUCUGGACGGACACACGACUCCUAUAGUUUCACUAGCCUCGACGCAAUCGACCCUACUGUCACACCAGGUAUACUUGACAGACAAAAUUGACAACAAGAAACGGGACGGCAUGCCGCACAUGAAGUGUGUGUGCUUCUUACAGACCAGCGAAGAGAGCCUGGAGGCGCUGGAGGCGGAGCUACGGGAGCCAAAGUAUGGCGAAUACUACCUCUAUUUCAGCAACAUUUUGAGCAAGACGGCCAUUGAACGUCUUGCCAAUGCUGACGAAUAUGAGGUCGUUCGCGAAGUGCAGGAACACUUUGCAGACUACGCACCGAUACUUCCCUGUCUGUUCUCGCUCAACCAUUUCCCGAACGCGUCAGGACCGCUCUAUGGCCAGUCACCUAACUCAUGGGACCCAAGGGCAUUGGAGCGUGCUGUACAGGGUGUCACGGCUGUUCUCCUGAGUUUGAAGAAAAAGCCUGUGAUUCGAUACGAGCGGUCCAGUGCAAUGGCUAAAAAGCUCGGAGUGGAGAUUCAGCAUCGCAUUCAAUCAGAAUCACAGCUAUUCGAUUUCAGGCUCACCCAGGUCCCACCAUUGUUACUCAUCCUGGAUAGACGGAACGACCCCGUCACGCCGCUCCUUUCACAGUGGACGUACCAGGCAAUGGUGCACGAACUCAUGGGCAUCCAGAAUGGGCGAGUAGACUUGAGCCUCAUACCAGACAUUCGCCCCGAGUUGAAGGAAGUGACCCUCACACCGGCGAUUGAUCCCUUCUUCCAAGCUCACCACCUGGCAACGUUCGGCGAUCUCGGCACUGCGCUCAAAGCGUACGUGCAAUCGUAUCAGUCGCAUUCGCUCGCGCACGACCCGUCCGCGAUCAACUCGAUCAGCGACAUGAAGCGCUUCGUCGAGGAGUACCCUGAGUUCCGUAAGCUCGGUGGGAACGUGAGCAAGCACGUCGCAAUUGUGGGCGAGCUAAGCCGUGUUGUUGAACGCGACAAGCUGCUAGACAUUGGUGAAGUGGAGCAAGGGCUAGCAACGGGGUCUGGAGCGGACUUGAAGAGUGUGCAAGCGUUGAUCACGAAUCCAGUGAUUCAACCUUGGAAUAAACUGCGCCUUGUCAUUCUAUAUGCACUGCGAUACCAGAAGACACAGUCCCACAAUGUCGCAUCGCUCAUCAGCCUGAUGUUGGAGAAUGGCGUGCAACGGGAAGAUGCCAGGCUCGUAUAUGUCAUCCUGAAUAUUGCAGGCUCAGACCAGCGUCAGGACGAUCUCUUUUCGGCGGAGUCGCUUUUCGCGAAGGGUCGUUCUGCUCUCAAAGGUCUCAAAGGCGUCGAGAAUGUCUAUAUGCAACACCAGCCGCAUCUUGCAGAGACGUUGGAGGAUCUGUUCAAGGGCCGCCUUAGGGAUACCAGUCAUCCGUUUCUCGAAGGCGCAGGUCCAAACGCUAGCCUUCAGAGACCGCAAGAUGUCAUCAUCUUCAUGAUUGGCGGUACAACGUACGCGGAGGCACGCGUGGUUGCCUUGAUGAACCAGGAAUCUGCGCAGAGUGGCGCCUCGGCUGCAGCAGGAAGUAGGCUGCUCCUGGGCGGCACAUGCGUGCACAAUUCAUCAAGCUAUGUCGACAUGAUACGCUCUGCGGCUGCCAACUUCCCUGCGUCUGUCUACGAGCCUCCACCUGGGACCUCCAACACGAUGCCGUCACUCAAUCUCAACCUUGGUGGCGUGAAUGUAAGUCUUGGCGGCCCAGCAGGCACAGGCGUAUACCGGACCAGCGGAGAGGGAGUCAGCUUACAGACAGAUGGCAUUAAGGACGGGGUCAAGAACCUUCUCGGACGGGUGAAGCAAGGAGUCGACCGAAUAGCGUCUCAGUAGUGAGUGUUCGAAUCGAGAUAGUUUGCGAAGCCUUGGAGUUUGCUUCGAUACAGGCUUUGGUAUGGAUAUGUAUGCGUACAUAGCCGCUCCUUGGCGCGCCUGACCCUAUCAGAAUCGAGCUCGUCGGCUGUUGUGUACUCAUCAACUACACUG